CGGUUUAUUUGUUCGCAGUGUGACGUUGAGAGAAGAGGGACACAACAGCAGCAGCAGUAGCAGGCUACACUUAAACAUUGUACCCAGAGUUUGUGCUGCUGUGAAGUCGCUCCAACUCCUCCAGCAGGGGGUGUUGACAGCCUCUGCCAUCGGGUCGUGGCGUUCUUCGACCAAGCAGCACAUCUCAUCGGAACACUGGUCCUCAGGUAGCGGUGUGUGUGUGCACAGGUGGGGACGCCGCUCCAGGUUUCCAUGGCCGUCGGCUGAUGGGCGAAGCGAUGCGGCACCACUGGCUGCUCCUCGGGGCUUGCGGCUGGGUGCUGCUCAUCCUCAUGUUCGUCACCAAGUUCAUGAGCUUCAGGGCGAUAGAUGACUAUGGAGAGAGGGCUGGGGGUCAGAGCUGGACUGUGCCGGGGACCAAGCUGGUUAAACCGAAUCCUGCAUCCAGAUUGGAGAAACCGGCUACAAGAACAGCUCUGAAUCCAUCAGAUCAGCCCUCAGCCGCCCCCUCAGUGGCAGAUUGGCAGUCGGUUGCAGAGAGGCGCGUUGAGUUGCUCUCCUCCGUGUGUAAGAACAGCAGCCUCAGGAAUCUGACUCACGUCUCCAUCAGCAAGUUCGUCUUGGACCGCGUCUUUGUCUGCGAUAAACACAAGAUCCUGUUCUGCCAGACGCCCAAAGUGGGCAACACACAAUGGAAGAAGGUCCUCAUUGUGCUCAACGGCGCCUUCCCCACCGUGGAGGAGAUCCCAGAAAGCCUUGUGCACGACCACGAGAAGAACGGCCUGCCCCGCCUCUCGUCGUUCAAGCCGCAGGAAAUCACUCACAGAUUGAGCACCUACUUCAAGUUCUUCAUCGUGAGAGAUCCCUUCGAGCGCCUCAUAUCCGCCUUCAAGGACAAGUUCGUGAAGAACCCCCGCUUUGAGCCGUGGUACAAGCAUGACAUCGCUCCCGCCAUCAUCCGUAAGUACCGAAAGAGCCACCGUGAGAGCGACAGCGCCGCCUCGGGCCUGCACUUUGAAGACUUUGUGCGUUACUUGGGCGACGUGGACGGGCGUCACCGCAUUGACCGACAGUUCGGCGAGCACAUCAUCCACUGGGUGACGUACGCAGACUUGUGCGCGCCGUGCGAGAUACACUACAGCGCGGUGGGUCACCACGAGACUCUGGAGCAGGACGCCCCGUACAUCCUCAGUGCGGCCGGCAUUGACCAGCUUGUGUCUUACCCGGCCAUUCCUCCCGGCAUCACACGCUACAACAGGACCAAGGUGGAGCAGUACUUCUCAGGCAUCAGCAAGCGGGACAUCAGACGUCUGUACGCACGCUACCAGGGUGACUUCCGCCUGUUCGGGUACCCGAGUCCAGACUUCCUACUGAAUUAGAAGGACUAACACAGACUUAGACAUACUGACAAAGAGACGUGCUGCACACUGAACGUCUUCGUUCUUCUUUUACACACUGGUGUUAAAAUUACUGACAGAUUGUCGCUAUUUUGGCCUAAACUUGCUACCUUAUGUUCAUAUAUUUAACAGCGUUUUUUACGGAGGGAGGGAAGAGACAUACGAGUCGGUUCAGUCGUGCUAAAAGCUGCAGAAUGUAUCAUUGUGUUUAAAUCUAAAGGUCAAUACAGGGAUGGAGGACACCCAGCUGACACCUCUCAUCUUCUAUUUAAUAUCAAAGACUGAAUAACUCUCAUGUGCUCGGUAUAUCCAGGGAUGCAGGCCUGUUCCCCUGUAAUGUAGCUCUUAUACUGCACUGUUUAAACGAUCCAUCCUGUCAGAGGACGGUUUUUACAUGUCGAGUCUUAAUGCGCUGUAUCAGAUGAGACAAUAUUUGAAGGAGCAGAGUCAUUGACUUGAACACAACAAGCUGAUUUUGCAUAUUUGAGAGUUUAAUAGUUAUUUUAUUUUGUUAAUAUUUGCUUCAUGAUGUGUAUUUCACACAAUCCAGGGCGUCAUUUCUUCAUAUUUCAGUGUCUUAAUCACGACUCGGUCCAAAAAGUUUCAGAACUGUUUCAUUAGAUUAUUUCUGCAUGCAGCCGCAAGUUAGCUGCAAUUUAAUCCUCAUUGAACCCAGGAUUUCCACCAGAUCCGUGUCCGGUCCAUCUCCGCGUUGCUCUCGUCCAUCAACACCUACCGGUCUUUCUGGUCCUCUGAAAACCUCUGACCUGUUGACUCCAGUCCUGGCUCCGCUCAUCAUGGCGGUUUGUUGUUGUAGUGAAGUGAAACAGACCGGACACAAAUCUGUUGGAAGUCCCGUGUAAGACUUAGUGCAUCAAUCACAGGGGUCUGUUUUUUUGUAGCUGCCAUGUGUGUUUGACGAUUGACAGAAAGGAUCCCUUCAGAGAACGGCUUCUGCUACCACUGCUUGGUUUGUGGACGGUUAAAAUAUUUAAGAUCCAAUACAAACAACUUAUCGAACAUCAGCAAACUAAGCAGGCGGCAGACCAACAGCUCCUGUGUUCUGCAGGACUGGUAAAGUUCUGUGGAUUCUUUCUGCAAAGCUGCAAAACACUAAUUAUUAUGCAUGCAAGCUGCAAUACGUUUCUCCAAUUCCUCAAAUCUGCAUCAAACUGUCUCCAUAAGUGAACCUCCCCCUGCCGUGCUCCACACUGUAGCCUUUCUUCUUCAUGACAAACAGUCAAUAAUGUAUCCUCCUCCUCCUCCUCAGCUGGUAUUUGCACUGAGACAAUGAUGGAAACCGGUACUGUAUUUUGAAGGAUGGUUUUUCUAUCAGAAAUGUAUUGUGUAAAUGUUCUUAACAUGACCUGCAACUCAACAUUUGUACUCCAUGUUGCUAUUUAUAAUAUAAAGGUAUUAAUCUGCUGCUGAGUGACCGGGGGGGGCACAAACCAGGGGACUGGAUUGUUAGACGGUACUUCUCUCUGCUGCCACCUGCUGACGUUUUGGACAGGUGGUCGUUGUACGAGGAGGACAGCACUACUUAGUAAUAAAGUUCAACAAGACAAAAGAAACAAGA